GAGUGGUUAUUAAAGGAUUCGCGGCUCGAGGUCCUCAGCGGCACUCGUGGCUCUAUUGUUAAAAAGUCUCAGUUGCCCAGCCAAGCUUGACGAGUGUCUAUGGAAAAGGCUUCGCUAAAAAAAAGUCUUGUCUGACUUUGGUGGUUAUCGCUUGUUGAGUCUGUUUUAAGAUCAGCUGUUGGGUUAAAAAAAAAAGAAAGCGGGAGAGACAGAGAGAGAAAGUGGAAUGCCGGAAAAAUAAAGAAAAGCCAAUCCGAUCGCACAGAGUGAAGAUCAUGCGGCUGACGUCGCGUCCGGCCCCGGUAAAGGAAAGCCGUGAUUAGAAAUUGGCCCGACGGCGCAGCAGCCGCGAUUAAAUCGACAGCGGACUCGUUGUGUGUCCAGGAAAAGUUUGAGAUGAGCCAGUGGCUAACUUUGAAUAGCAUUUGGAAGAGCUUGGAAUCGCAUCGAUUGUGCUGACUGACCGAGUGGAUUGCAUCUCGUGCCCAUCUCACCGCACCCCACCCAAACCCGCCGGGGCGCUUGUCCCGUUCGGCACUCUCCUUAUGGAAAUGGAGUUCGCUGAGCCGCCGGCCCGUUGGCUCGUCCGAAACGUUUUGGCUUUCGGUUUUCUGUGCGGCAGUAUUCUGGGAGCAGGUCCCACUGAGUUGAUCCUCGCCUUCCCCGCUCGCAUGUCCGUUUCAAAGCCCUGGGAUUUCUUGUCAGUGGUACAGCUUGGCCAAGAUGCACAGGGAAACUCCAGCCUCCGCAGUCGCUCCGAGCACAUGCUACUUCAGCAACCAUCUGGUUCUUCCAGACUUCCUGUUGUCCAGGCUGCCUUUGGUCCUUUCACUGUAAAGAAGGAACUGAAUCCAUCCCUGUUUCCUUCAGCUCCUUUCUUGCAUGCAUCUAUUUUGGGAGGACCUGAGAUGGUGGUGACGGAGAUUCACCCCUGGGUUCGCGUUUUAUUCCACUGGAGUGGGAUCAGGGAGUGGAGAAAUGAGUCGAGAGAGCAGGGAAUGCCAUGCGUCACCCUGCACGCCUUCAAAGAGACCCGUGAACUGAGGGCCACAUGUCAUCUCCAGCAUCCUUUGGGAGCCUGUGUGUCAUCUCUCACCCUUCCAGACUCUUGGUUCCUUCCAGAUGGUGCCAGUGUGGCCACAGGACAAAAAGUCGAGCUGUACUACAGAGCCACCAAGUUAGCCAUGACUUCCCCAACUUGUGUUGAUGCUGCCUUGCACCCUUCCCAAAGUGAGUUGUUCUAUGUCGGAUAUGUCAAGCUGCAGAGGAAGGAGCCCACUGCAACUCCGGACACACGACAGGCAGACGCUGGCAGGCUGAAAAGGUGGGGAGGAGAAAAGGAGGAGCUGGCAGUGGAUACCAACGUUGUGAUCCGUUCUCCACAAGGGCCGCUCAAGCUGGGACGACCUAUUACGGUUUCCAUUCUCCUCCGUGGGAACUUUACAGCAGACUUAGUGGUUAUCAGGGCAAAGCUGAAGAAGGGGCUCAGCGUAGUAUCCGUGAGCCCACCCAUCAGUCCUCACACGUGGUCAAUCAGUGUGGAGAAAAUGAUGGGCUCCAAACAUCACACUACGUCUGUGAUUUGUCGCAGGGCACAGGGUGCUCAGCUCAAAGAUGAGCACAGCUCCACGUCCUUAAUGGAGGUAGCUCAGCUGUCUCUACACUCGGAAAAUUUUACCGGCAUAGCUGUGACCCGGCGGAUAUCAUGGCAGGUGGAGUACCCAGGCAGAAACCCACUUGGCAACAUGGAAGGUGGAGCACUGACUCAGAUCACGCUCACUCACAAGGAAGUGCUGGCCAUUGUCCCCAUAGCCGAGAGCCUUUCACUGGUGAACACCGCAGUGCUUACUGGCCAGGCUGUUUCAGUUCCAGUUACCGUUCUUGCGGUUGAACAGGAUGGGACGGUAUCUGACAUCACUCACUCUGUCAACUGUCGUUCAGCCAACGAGGAUGUCCUAAAGGUUUCGGGGAACUGUGCUUCCAUUUAUGUGAAUGGAGAGGAGUCAGCCCAGGGUGCUACAGCAGCGGUGGUAGAGUUUUACCUGGAGAGCCUUCGCAAUACCCUGACCCUUUCAGUGUGGGUACCAAGGAUCCCUCUUACCAUUCAGCUAUCGGACCCUCAUCUCAGUCAGAUAAAGCCGUGGAAGGUCCAUCACCUAGACCGAGGAUGCUCCCUGCAGUACCAGCGCUCUUCUGUUCAAGUUCUGGCCCAGUUUGCUGCUAUUCUUCCAGAAGAGGAAGGCGGCCAGUUAGCUUUCAUGUUGGAUGCCGAUGACUGGUUUGUGGAUGUUACCGAGAUGGUGAGGGACUGGCUGAAAACCGAGAACCCUAGGAUAGCAAAGAUAAACAAGGCUGGGAUCCUGAUUGGACAAGAGCCUGGAGUGACAUCAAUACAGGUUGUCUCCUCCCUCUGGGACACGGUCAUAGCUCAGCAUCAGGUGACCGUGACAGCUGAUAAGGUGACUUUAGGUGACCUCUCAGUCCAGCUGAUCUCUGGCCUGGUGCUGUCUGUGAAGCCUAGCCCAGGUCACAAUGGCGUGGUGACUGCCGCAGUUAGUGCUCUGCAGCACCUACACAUGUUUGGCCAGGAGGCAGUGCUCAGAGUCUGGCUUCAGUUCAGCGAUGACACAGUUGUGCCCCUUGAGAUAUUUGACACAGAAAGUUACUCCUUACAGCUCUCAUCACUCGCUGAAGGUGUAAUCAGCUUGGAGUAUAGUGAUGAACGAAAUCGGGAAGAUGAGGAAGCCAUGCCCCGGGCUGUGGCCCGUGGGGAGGGAGGUGGACCAUUAAUCAAAGCAGAACUAAAUGAUGGAACCAUGAGCUGCCAUAAAGCAAAGUCAUCAGGUCGCAAGAAGUUGGGAACUCUGGCUGCUGGGUCAGGCUGGGUGAGGGUCAACUUUGAUUUAUCUGGGCAGAAUGACCAGAGGCAGGAGGCUACAGUGGAAGAUCUGGAGAUGGACUUUUUGGAGCUCCAUGAGGAGCAUUAUGAUGAAGAUAAGGACGAUGAGGUGGCAGAAUUUUUGUUUGGCCGUGAAGAAGGUGCUGCCAUCCAAGACAAUGCCGCUGCUUCCAAGGCCAGCUUGGAGUUUGAGAACGACUCUCUGCUCCGUCUGACUGAGGAAGACCAGCUCUUUGGAGAACAGGUGGAUGCAGAGGGCCAGCUCAAUUCCAAGUGGGAGGACGACAAUUUGCAAAGACUGGGAAAGCUCUCUGACUUUGAGAUCGGAAUGUACGCCCUACUGGCAGUCUUCUGUCUGGGCAUCACAGUCUUCUUUGUAAAUUGCAUUAUGUUUGUGCUACGGUAUCACAGAAAGGGCCCUUUUGAGGUCAAAGAGCAGCCAAUGGGACAAGGAAACCUCAAAAGUCCCCACAACUGGGUCUGGAUGGGUACAGACUGGGAAGAGCUGGGUCGCCAGGCAGAUCUGGCGGACCUCGCCAAUCAGAAGAAAGGCAAGUCCCCGAUCAAGUCCGAAGUAAUCAAGGAAGAGGAGGAGGAUGGCGGCCUUCACAUUGUGCCAAGCCUCUUAAACACGGAGAAACAUCUUUGUGGCGACGCUGAGGAGUACUCUGCUGUGACGGCAAGUCUUCUAGGCCUAAAGGCCACCGAUGAGAGUGCCACAGAGGAGGAAACGAGGGCUGACCACGUUUGCGAGGGUGUAACGCACAGCCACUUCCCUCCGUUCACUGAAAACUCCAAGCGCCAGGCGGGGUCCAUCUUGGUAGCCUCAGAAGAGGAUAUUCGAUGGCUGUGCCAAGACAUGGGCAUCAGUCAGCAGGCAGAGCUGGAAAACUACAUGGCCAAAAUAAAGCUGAGCUCUGAGAAGCUUGGCUAGCAUGCAUAAAGGCAGCUAAAACCACAACUCGGAUGUUGAGGACUGGGCCUAUCCUGUAUUGGCAAAAGCCAAAGCUUCAAUAUGGCAGCCAACAUCAAAUGCCCUCCAGUCAGUGGGGUCCAUUCAUACAGAGCAGAGCGUGUGUGUGUUUGUGUGUGUGUGCGUAUAAUCAAGAAGAGCAAUACUAAAAAGGCCAAUGUGUUGCAGGUCAGAUCACCUUUAGGGACAAAAUGUUUAGAGUUCGUUCAGGAUGAAAAAAAGUCCUAAAUGGAGAUAAAAAGGUAAGAGAAAGCUGGGGACUGAAACAGGCUUCCUUUCACACCUGCCUAGAUUUGAUGGAGCCCCAACAGCCCCAAACUUCUCUUCAUAUAACACUGGGUAAAAAAAAAAGAAUAAAUUCUUGGCCUAUAUCCCGCAGUGACCACUGAUAGAAGGUUGGCCAGGCAGUACCAAACAUCUUUGACCUUGCAUCCCACCCACCAAAUCACAUGCACAAUCUGGCAUCAUCUUCACAAUGACCAAAGCAGGACUGCCCAGAGUGUGAGAGUGGACAUGUGGUGACACACAGGCACCCCCUAGCAAAGGUCAGUCAAGCUUGGUAUCUUUAGCCUUUGUACUGAAUAGCAGAGUGCUGGUAGGUGCAUCUUCUGAGUAACAUUUUAUGUGUCUGGUGAUCAUUUUAUAAAUGUCUUUUACAUGAUUUAUUCAUCUAGAACUCCUGACUGAAAUUUUUUUUAAAUUUUAUUUGUGUAACUGUUAUGUAGUGUAAAUAAUUACAUAAACUUAACUGGAAAAAACAAACUUUCUUAAUAAAGAGCUUUUCAAAAAAA